CGGCCGGCGGGAUUCCCGUACGGUAGCCCGUUCGCGGCUCUGUUACCGUCGGCCUUCCCUCCCGGCACGGACCCUAGCAUCGUGGCUUGUUUCCAGAUGGCUGAUCAGGACAGCAGCGGGUUCAUCGACGAUAAGGAGUUGCAGAGAGCGCUGUCUUCGUACAAUCAGACCUUCAGCAUGAGGACUGUUGGUCUCCUCAUGUAUCUCUUCACCAAUACUAACACUAGAAAGAUCGGACCCAAGGAGUUUAUUCAAGUGUUUUACAGCCUUCAGAAUUGGAGAGCCAUAUUUGAGAAAUUCGAUAGGGACCGUAGUGGCAAGAUAGAUGCAAAUGAGUUACGGGAGGCACUGUUGAGCCUUGGAUUUUCAGUUUCACCAGUAGUGCUUGAUUUACUCGUUUCUAAGUUUGGAAACUCUGGAGUCACCAAAACUAAGGCUACUGAUUAUGAUAACGUUUCUAAGUUUGGAAACUCCGGAGUCGCCAAAACCAAGGCUAUUGAAUAUGAUAACUUCAUUGAGUGCUGUCUUACUGUUAAGGGACUAACAGAGAAAUUCAAGGAACGGGACACCUCUUACUCUGGUUCAGCAACUUUCACUUAUGAAGCUUUCAUGCUCACUGUUCUACCAUUCCUCAUUGCAUAGGGUUUUAAGGUUUUCGGUUUUCAGGUUUGGCUGGGCUGUUUGAUUUAGUAUACUGGGUUUCUUCUGCAAAGUUGGUUUUCAGGGUUGGGUGGGCUGUUUGAUGUGGUAUACUAGGGUUUCUUCAGAAAAGUUUGAAUUAGUUGACUAUAAUUUGUUAGCCCCUUUUUGGCUUACAUGUAUCAUCUAAGUUGAAUUUGUUAAUAAAAGUCUUGAAUAAAUUGUGUGCCCCAACGAAACAGAAGAUAUUGAGACUA